AUGUUUCCUGAGCCGACUGAAAGUCCAGGAUCGGUAACAACUACGUUGGAUACCGUAUCCACAGUGUUCCUGGUGAUCACAACGUCCAGAUUCUGUGAUGACGUUUAUAACGAAUUAUCAAAAGACGCUUUGUUGCGUGCACAGCUGGAAAGUAAAGAAAAUCUGGUCAACGACAAGAUCAAACAUGGAUUCGUUACAAGCGGGCCAACAAAGAAACCAGCAGCAAGACUUGUAGGAGAACCGAUAAAUCCAUUGAAAGGUCGGACGUCAAGAAAUCCCCGGGAUACCACGUUAGUACAGUGCUGGUGCCAUGAAUGUACCAACGCAUUUCUGAGUAACGGAGUGAGAUACCACCAUGGACGACUAAUUGUACCUCUCACGGGUUCUUACAACCUCUAUUCCUCUCUUAGUCUAAGGGGCAUCAACUCCUCUGAAGAACAUGGAAGCCUACUAAACGGAACUUUUUUCAAACACGCUAUUUACAGAUAUAACGUCAAGAAUGGUCACGACGUGGAGCUUGUGUCUUCUGUUCAACCCCCGUUGUCCGCCAAUCGUGCCUUCAGUACACCGCUUUUGCGAUUGGAACAUCUGCAUGCCGGAGAAGAAAUUUCAGUCAAAAUCAGUGGCAUUUUCGAACGACAUGUUUGCACGGAGGACGAUUUCUUUGGAUUGCACAUGAUUUGAGUAACAUCAUCAGGUGACAAUACGGUGUCAUAUUUUGGCUGCCAUGAUUGUAUUGUUUCAAAAACGGUGAACGAUAAUUCGUAUGUUUUUAUAUUAUAUUUUUGUUAAAGCCACACAUCUUGAAAUUAAUUACAUGGAAUAGUAAAUUUAAGUAAAAAUACAAAACAUAUUUUAUCUAUGCCAAUUAGAAUAUAUCUGGUGGUACCAAGGUAGAAAGUCUUCUAUUUGGGUCUGUAAAACUUUUUUUUUAAAUCGCGUUUGUCAAAAUGGACGUAUACAUCUAGAAAUCCUACUUUCGGUUUUUAAAGCGGUACCGUGUGAAAAAUAAUAAAUUACUUGCUUAGUAGGCUAUAUAUUUAAUUGUAUCCAUCUCAAUUAGAAUAUAUCUGGUGAUGACAAGGAUAAAUCUGUCUUUUUUGCGCUUUAAAACUUAAAAAUAAUUGCGUUUGUCGAAAUGUACCUAUACGAAUAGAAAUCCUACUUUCGGUUUUAAAAUUAAAAAAAAUUCAUGCUAAUUAGGCUUUAGAUUUUAUAACAAUGUUGCACACGUUCAAAUUGCAUCUAUAUGUAUUGAUUAACAUGUACUUCAUUUCAAAGUGCGUGGCUUUAAUAUUUCGACCAAAUGUAUGCUUCAUUAACUACAACUGCCAAUCGCAUAUUAGUUGUGUAAGACUCUCGUAGUUUUAUUACUGUUGUUUAACCCAACAUUUAACAUUUCCUUAAUCCUUCAAAUGAAUCCAAAUUAAAAAUGAUGCCACAAAAGAAAAAACAGCAAAUGGCAAAUUGAAGUCUUGCAAGUUACUUUUGGCUUUAAAUUAGGGUCCAAAUGUUUGUAUAUUGUUUCAUUUACUAACACAUACUGCAGUAUUGUUUGUCUACAAGUCGAAGAGGUGAAAUAUUACAUUUGAACGCAGCUAAAUAAGCUUAAGCGUGAGUUUAUUCCAACAAAUGUCAAUACUGUGCGUUUAUACUUGUAUUCGUAAUAUUUAGCCAAUAUUAACUAGCAAACAUAAAGCCGGUAUGUCAUGCAAAAACUGGAAUACCAAUUAAAUAAAAAGUUUUCAAAGUU